CGAUCCAUAUUUCGCCAAGUUUACGUGGGUCCGAAGCGUUGCACAGUUUCGUGGCAGUACACUUGCAAUCGUCACGGUUAAAACAAGUGUUUACUCCGAAACAACAAACGAAAAUUUUCCAUUCAACGGAUCAUGGCUAAAGAGAAGAACGGCAAAGAAACCACCAAACUGACGACAGCUCCGCUUAACGUUAAGCCCAAAAAUGUCAAAUUGGUGCCUCCGGAUGGCGGAUGGGGUUGGGUCAUCAUCUUAGCUACGAGCAUCAAUCUGAUGGUACUCCCGACGGCCGUGACUUGUUUCGGUGUUCUGGUGCCAUUUAUCAUUCGCGAGUACGAAUCCGCAAACAUUGCAGGCGUCUCAUGGAUUCCCGGAAUAGCUGUAGCCGUCCUCAACUUGACAGGUCCGUGGGUCUCUGCCAUGUUGAAGAUUUACUCCCACCGACGUCUAGCAGCUAUUGGCUCCGUCACGAUGGUGGUGGCCAUCAUAGCAUCCUCUUUCGCCGGAAGUAUGCUCAUUUGGUAUGCAACUUACGGACUCUUGCUAGGAUUUGGCUGCAGCCUCAGCGGUGUCAUGGGUCUUCUGCUAUUACAAGAAUAUUUCCUGAAACGCCGGCAUUUAGCUAAUGGAAUCGCCAUGGCCGGAGGAUCGAUUGGACAGAUGUUGAUUCCACUCAUCAUGCAAAGCUUGUUUGAUGGAUUCGGACUUCGUGGCGGAUUGUUGAUCUAUUCCGGCGUCGUGUUGCAAGCACUGGUGGCUGCUCUCCUUCUCCAGCCGUCUAGGUGGCACUGGAAAUUAGACGACACUCCAAACGUUGAGGUUGAAUUGCUUGAGAAGCGACCCGAAACACCGCCGGUCCUACGAGAAGUGGAAACUCUUUCGGCUGUUGGUAAAAGUCGACCGACCAGCUGGACUGGUAACGUCAUGGUCAAGGCAUCAGCCGAUAUCCGGCGAGUUCAACAGAUGGAUGGAGACAUAAGCAGAUUGCGAUCGCGAUCAGUAAUCAGUGGACGGGGUAGCAUUCACGACUCUUUGGCCGGUGAUUCCAGACCACCAUCUAUGCAUGUCCUGAAUUACCUGGGUAGCGUAGGCUCCUUGAUUUCUCUGGAGCAGAGAACGGCCCAAGAGUUGCCAGUCACCAUGUCCCUGUCAAAGAUGAGGGGACAACUCAAAACCAGGACUCAGGUUGACGAACGACCCAAAUGGCUCCGCUUUAUGCCACGAUGCCCAAAGGCUUCCAGCAUCCUCGAUCUGAACUUGAUUAAAGAUCCUUUCUUCAUCGUCAUGUCCGUCGCUAUGGCGUUGGGCCGUCUGUCCUACCAACAGUUCAACGUUUUCGUCCCAUCAUUCGCUCAAAGUGUUGGGGUUCCACCGACAGCCGCCGCAUCUCUCGUCACCAUCUUGGCUGCCUCAGAUACCGUCGCCCGCCUUGCCGUCCCGAUCCUGGCCGACAAAUUUUCCAAAUACAUUACGACCCUCACCGUCUUUUUCAUCGAAUUCGCCAUCUGCGCCGUUGGCAGUUUUGCCAUCGCAUUAUCAUCCGAUUUCGUCGGUAUGGUAAUUAGUUGCGUCAUCUACGGAAUCGGUAUUGGGGGUAUCACUGGCCUGCAAGUCGUCGUCAUCGUCCAAACUCUCGGAAUGGACAAACUAGCCUCCGCUUUCGGCCUCAAUCUUUUCAUUGGUGGACUAGUGGUUUUCCCAGGAAUCAUUAUCAUCGGCUACAUCCAAGUGUUAACCGCAAGUUUUUCCAUAUGUUUCCACAUUGUCGGCGGCAUUUGUAUCCUUUGUUGCUGCUUGUGGGCGCCGCUGCCAAUGAUGUUACGCCGAAGAAACGCCAACCUACCGAAAUAAUACAGAAUCAAAAUGAAUUUGUUGAUAACCGUUUUUUAAAUCUCGUCAGGAAUAAUUCCCGCCGUGUUUUUGUCAGAUACCCGCCUCAUAGUUUCUAAUACAAAAUGUGUGUCGUAAAUGAA